UCUCCAACUCUUGACAACUUUAUGGGUGUGUGGAGCAUCCGGCCAUCCCUGAAUUGUUCGCCUUUAACACUGAAACUGUCCCUGAAAUCAGAGCAGCAUAUUAUCGGCAGUAAUCCAACGCCGGUGAGGUCCGCCUCAGGUGUGGUCAAACCGGUCUGACGUCUCCGCGUUAGGAAGGGGAAGAGAAGGACCGUGUUGUACAACUUUUAAAACUCCUUUCUUUUUGUCGUUGCCCUGCAACGCAGCUUUUUUUUUUUAGCAUUUUGUUUUCCCGUCACAACACUGAGUAUGAAUAUGUUCAGAAGACAUAAAGGCUCAACAGCCCCAACUCCAGUGGUCCCACCCAGACCUAGCGAGGAGGAUCUAGACAACCCCACAGAGCACAGCCUGAACACACAGGACUCAGAAACGACCGCCAACGCUGAGGUCACAAGAGAGCUUGACCCAAAGACCAAGCAUAGGAGAGGGGUGAAGGGAGUCAUGCAGAAGGUCAACCCCUUCAAGUCUGCCUCCCAGGCUCCCUCCACAGUCAGCAAAGCUCCUUCAUCAGAGUCACUUGAACAGGAAACAGACUCCACACAGAACCCUGGUGUGUUCAGAGGGGUCAUGCAUAAGGUCAACCUGUUCAAGUCUUCCUCCCAGGCUCCCUCCACAGUCAGCAAAGCUGCUUCCUCAGAGUCACUUGAACAGGAAACAGACUCCACACAGAACCCUGGUGUAUUCAGAGGAGUCAUGCAUAAGGUCAACCCAUUCAAGUCUUCCUCCCAGGCUCCCUCCACAGUCAGCAAAGCUGCUUCCUCAGAGUCACUCGAACAGGAAACAGACUCCACACAGAACCCGGGUGUGUUUAAAGGGGUCAUGCAGAAGGUCAACCCGUUCAAGUCUACCUCCCAGGUCUCCAAAGCAUCAUCUUCAGAGUCACUGGAACAGGGAAAAGUCUCAGACUCUAAUCAGAACCCCGGUAUGUUUAAAGGAGUGAUGCACAAAGUCAACCCGUUCAAAUCCUCACAGCCGAAGGAUACCCAGCCUCUACACGGUGACCUCUCCUCCAGCAGCGGAAGCUUAUCCGACAAUAACAACGUGCCGGAGAAGCAGAACCGUGGGGGGUUCAAAGGGAUGAUGCAGAAAGUAAACCCCUUUAAGUCUCACACACAGACGCCAGGCAAGGAAUGUCAGACGGACUCUGCGGUUCCAAAUACAGCUUCUUCACUGAAGACGCAGGAGAACCAAGCUGUCCACAGCGAGCACUCCUCCAGCUCUGACAGCAUCGAUGACAGCGCCAUCGAGAGACGCACUAUUUGGUACACUGAUGCUGACGUCAGCUGUGAGGUGGAAAGCAAGCCAGCAGUAGCACCGAAGAGAAGAACCAUGACUUUCAGAAUAAAGAGGAUCCUGCCCACUGCGUUGUUGGGGUCCGGAUCAAAGGGCUCCUCAUCUGACACAGAGGCACCGCCCCAGGAAGUCGUGGAGGUUCAGACGCUGGAGAUGGCUGAGGUGCCGGUGCCCAGUGAAGGAGCGGCCCUGGACCCUCUAGAAGAUGAGGAAGGCCUUUUGUCGUGGUGGAGAACAGUAGAGGGCUGGGAUGAGUGGAAUGAGGCCAACGAGAACGAUGAACCUGAAGAAGUGGUGGAACAAGCAGCCGAUCGUGUCUUCAUGGCGGCUCGUCUUUUUGUUCGCUUCUUCAACCAACGUGGUGCCUCCCUCCAGCAGCGUAUCCUGGAGUUGCUGUCUUUGGCUGAUGCAGCAGACAUCUUCCAUAAGAAAACCGUCACAGCCAGUGUCGGUGGCGGCGUAGCCAGUGUUGCAGGGUCUAUCACUACCAUCACCGGGCUCAUUCUGGCGCCCUUCACUGCAGGAGCAUCGCUCAUCGUCACCGCUGUAGGCAUUGGUGUCGCUACGGCGGGUGGGAUUGCGUCUGCUUCAGCCAACAUCACCGACACAGUCUAUUCGAAGACGGACCGCAAGAAGGUGGAGAAGAUGAUCCACGACUACGAGGAGGAGAUAAAGGACAUCAAGGAUUGCCUGGAGUUUUUGCAGGAAGGGAUGGACACGCUUGAAGAGUGGAACUUUGAGAAGUACGCUGAGAGCAUUUCGAAGAAGCACCUUAACCAGAACGUCAAACAUGUAGUGAAGGAGGGCGGCCGGGCCGGCAAGGCUUUAGUGAUCAACACGGAGAGCCUGAUCAGUACAGUUCAGGUCCUCAGUGUUGCAGGGGGUGCUGCUAAAGCCGCCCAAGUGAUGAGCAUUACCACCGGAGUUAUGUCGGGUCUCUUUCUCGCUCUCGAUGUCUUCUUCCUGGCAAAGGACGGCAUGGAGCUCAAACAGGGAGCCAAGACAGAGUUUGCUGGUAAGAUUCGAGAUGUUUGUAAAGACCUGCAGGACGGGCUGCUGGAGCUGAACCGCAUCAAGGAAGAACUGCAGAAAACCAUCGAUGGGAUAGAGGUGGAGGUAGAUGAGGAGGAGGAUGAAGAGCUGUUGAAGUCUGAUCUGAAGAAACUUAUUGAGUUAGAAGAAUGAAGGAUAGUGAUUGGAAAACCAAAGCCUCGCUGUUUUAGAGGUGCUGUAUGCGACUCUGGGGGAACAUAGCUGAAUGGAGGUCGUCGUCAAAUACCGGCGCUCUGGGCUGGUAGUCAGACUGGAUUGCAAACCCAAAGUAUCAGUAUUUAACGACCUUGGACUAUGUUUCUCCAGACUUACAUACAGCACCUUUAAUCCCAAUGCCAAAAACAAUCACUAUUACUACUGUAUUGUUUCUCACAAGACCUAUUUUGUAGUAAAAUAGAUUUUAAAUAUUUAUUAGGUAUAUUUAUAAUAUAGGCAGUAAUUUUAAUUAUAUGUACAUUGUGUUUGCCCCAUGAACUGUCACUUUGUUUUGCAAUAAAAGUGGU